ACUAGAACUGUCAAGAUGGGAGUUGACUAUUAUGCCCAUUUAAUGACGCGAAGCGCAAAAGAUGCGGAUAUUAAAAAACAUUAUAGAAAACUUUCCUUGAAAUAUCAUCCAGACAAAAAUGAUGGCAACCAAGCAGCUGCAGACAAAUUUUUGCAGGUGGCAGAAGCUUAUGAUGUGUUGUCUGACCCAAAGAAGCGUGCUGUUUAUGACCAGUUUGGAGAGGAAGGCUUGAAAAAUGGGGUUCCUCAUGGAUGCAUGGAAGCUGGAGCUUGGACUCAGGGCUAUACUUUCCAUGGUGAUGCAGAACAAGUUUUUCGUGAUUUUUUUGGUGGUGACAACCCAUUCCAAGAAUUUUAUGACCGAGUGGACGGUGACCUCAGCAUGGGGUUUGGUGGGCUGGCUGGACGUGGUGCCAAGAAGCAAGACACACCCAUUGAACGAGACCUCUUUCUUUCUUUGGAGGAGGUUUAUCAUGGGUGCACAAAAAAGAUGAAGAUCUCUCGUAGGGUAAUGAAUGAGGAUGGUCACACAUCCAGCAUCCGGGACAAGAUCCUGACCAUCACCGUCAAGAAAGGCUGGAGACCUGGGACCAAGAUCACUUUUCCCAAAGAGGGUGACCAGGGUCCUAACAACAUACCAGCGGACAUAGUAUUCAUUGUGAAGGAUAAACCACACCCUCGUUUCCGAAGAGAGGGCACAAACCUUAUCUUUAUGGCACAUGUUCCGCUUGGUCGCGCUUUGACCCAGUACACUGUGGACAUCACAACACUGGAUGAUCGUAUCUUGCACAUACCUAUCAACGACAUCAUCAAACCUGGCUACAAAAAGAUUGUACGUGAUGAAGGCAUGCCCCUGUCAUCUGACCCACAGCAGAAAGGCGACCUCAUUAUUGAGUUUGAUAUUGCAUUCCCAAGAACACUGACACCUGAGAAAAAGAACCUCUUGAGAACUGCCCUGCGGCCCUAGGAAGAAUGUGCAUUAUUUUAUUCAUGAUCUGACAUUGGGAAAAAAUACACAGGAUCGGUGGAAGUGAAAACAUAUCAACAGAUAUCGAAACUGAGUUUUAAUUAAUGUUGAUUGUGAAGCAUCUCGAAAUCUUUCAAGGUCCUUAAAUUUUGUUUCUGCAAACAAAAUGUGUUAAAUGACCAUCUGCACUCUACUUUUAUUUGAUACUGAAAAUUUAAUUAAGAAUAUCUGUUUGCAUACCUCAGUGACCAAACUCUUUUCAUUAUGCAACAUUUUAAGCAUUGCCAUGGCUUUCUGUUCAUGGUCUAUCUUUAAAAAAAAGAUUUUUUGCCUCUUAACUUUUGAUUCACCAGUAGUUGAAAUGGCUGCUUGCACAGUUUAAAGAUUGGCUGUAAUAUAAAUCUAGUUUGCUGCUUAUGUAAAUAAACAUAUUUAGUGGUUUA